GAUUAGCGAUAAAAAAAAUAUCUAUAGCUUUAUUGUAACCGAGAGAUGUGUAUCUUCUCCGGAUUCUUUGAAUUUCGCGAUUACUCGCGAAUUAUUAUGUCUAGUCAACAAAUAUAAAUAUAACUUAAAAUUUUUUUUGUAAUAUUAUUUUUAAUAUGUCCAUUUAACUAUCAUUUUUUUUGUGAUCGUUUUAAUAUAUUAUACUUGUGUUUCGUGUACAAGUGGGCGUAUUAACCGACGCAACGUAUCAUGAAAAAACAUAUAUCUAUGUAAAACAAGGAAUGUAGCAUUUUGGGUCAAUAUAUCGUUAUUGCUUACCAGCAAAUUUAUUCUGACGUAUGUCAAAUAAAAUGUUAAGAUUUCUAUCGCGACGCAGGGCUCGUAGUGUUAGUGGACAAACUACGUCCUCUCAAAUUAAAAAUCAACGAUUGCUAAGUAAUAAAAAUGUUGUUCAAUGUAGAGUUGUGUUACUUGAUGGUACAGAUUUGCCUAUAGAAUUAUCAAAAAAAGCAUUGGCUAGUGAUUUAUAUGAACAAGUAUUUUAUAGCUUAGAUUUAAUAGAAAAAGAUUAUUUUGGAUUGCAAUAUACAGAUAGUAAUAAUGUUCAACAUUGGCUAGAUCCUACAAAACCAAUAAAAAAACAAGUAAAAAUUGGACCACCAUAUACUUUACGGCUUAAAGUAAAGUUUUAUUCAUCAGAACCUAAUACUUUACGUGAAGAAUUAACAAGAUAUCAGUUUUUUUUACAACUUAAACAAGAUGUCUUGGAAGGAAAACUUCAUUGUCCUCAUCAAGUUGCUGUACAGUUGGCUGCUUUAGCUCUUCAAUCUGAACUUGGUGAUUAUGAUCCUGCCAUACAUAGUGCAGCUACAGUAUCAGAAUUUAGAUUUGUACCAGGUCAAACAGAGCAAAUGGAACUUGAAAUAUUAGAAGAAUAUACUAAAUGUUCUGGUCUUAGUCCAGCACAGGCUGAAUCAGCUUAUCUCAGUAAAGCAAAAUGGUUAGAUAUGUAUGGUGUAGAUAUGCAUACUGUUCUUGGUAAAGAUGCAUGUGAAUAUUCUUUGGGUUUAACGCCAACCGGAAUCCUAGUUUUUGAAGGAACACAAAAAAUAGGAUUAUUUUUUUGGCCGAAAAUUGGUCGAUUAGAUUUUAAAAAAAAAAAAUUAACAUUAGUUGUAGUAGAAGAAGAUGAUGAAGGAAGAGGAGAACAAGAACAUACAUUUGUAUUUAGGCUUGUUAAUGAAAAGGCUUGUAAACAUUUAUGGAAAUGUGCUGUAGAACAUCAUGCUUUCUUUCGAUUACGUGCACCUGUUAAAGGUGCUAGUGGACGUCAAAACUUCUUUCGUAUGGGUUCGCGUUUCCGUUAUAGUGGUAAGACAGAAUUUCAAACUACUCAAUUGAAUCGAGCACGUAGAACAGUACAGUUUGAAAGACGACCAAGUCAAAGAUACGCACGCCGUCAAAGUCAUGUUUUAAGAGAACGUCAACGUCAACAAGUGGAGCAACCACAAUCAGCUCCAGUGAUUACUAACGAAGAAGAAUUUUUACAACGUCAAUCAAGUCAAUGUAGUACGAAGUCUUCAGAUUCUAGCGUACAUCCUACACCUUCGCCUUUAGUAGAUUCCUUAUUGAAAUCUCUGGCCAAAGACCAGCAACCUUUAGAACCUAGAAAUCAAACAAUUGUUAAUACGGAAAAAGAAUCAGAACCAGUGAAAACAAGUUUAAUUAUCGAAAAUAUAAGUAAUCAAACAUCCUUAGUACCAAAUAAUCAAGUUGGUGGUACCUCUUCACUGCCUCCGCGUACACCUAUUCCUCCAGAAUCAUUAAAAUGCAAUAUAUUGAAAGCAAAGUCUUUAGAACAAGGAAAGAAUUCAAAUUUAGUUUCAAUUACGUCUAUGGAUACACCUACAGUUAUUGGUAAAAACAAUCAGCAUUCUGAUGCAGCAACAAUUGUAUCAGUGGGAGGAGAUAAACUGACACUUUCAGUAAGCGGAACUACAAUGAUAAAUCCAUCUGCUGACGACAACGUGACUGUAACACACUUUUCUCUAGAUAGCUGGGGACAAAUUGAACAAAAAACAACACAACUGAAUCCUAAAAUUUCAAAUCAAUCUCAAAAUCCAUUCAAUCCAUUUACUAGCGAUAAUAACAACGAAAUUACUAAUAAUAUCUCUGAAAACAUCGAAGAAGAUAGAAAAACAGAAGAAGAAAAAAAAACAAAUACAAACCCGUUUAUUGAUUCAAAUCCAUUUUUGGGCUUACUUAAUCCUUUUAAAGAAAUACAACCUAUGGUUGAAAAGAAAGCUGAAGCGGAAAUAGAAAAAAAUGGAGCGAGAGUCGUGAAAACUGAAGAGAUACAAACUACUACUACGACUCUUACUCACAAGGAUGAUAAUUCGGCAGUUUCCGAUAUAAGUCCUUGGUUAGUAGCCGAUCCACAAACAACAACAACAGAUCAAACCCCAAUUAAACAUACUGUAAUCACGAGGAAGACUGUAAUUACAACGCAACUUUAAAAUAUUAAUCAAUGAAAAAUACAAAAAAAAUAACGAAUAAUAUUUUUAAAACAGAAGAAGAAGUAUUUAUCAAAUUUUGUCUUCCUUAAGAUAUAUAUAUACACACUGAUAUACUUUAUGUGCCUAUUGCAAUAUAAUAUUGUCUAAAUAGACAAUAUAAAAUAAUUUGAAAUAACAUAUCAAUGGGACCAGUUUGUAUUUGUAUUUUUUGCAAAUUAUAAAUAAUUUACAUUCAUGUAAGUAUUUUAUUUGAUUUUAACUCUUAAUUUAAAUAAAUUAUAUGAAUUCUUUGAGAAAUCAAAAUAAAAAUAUAAAUUACCUAAAUGUAAUUUCUAAUUAGAAAAUUAGAUUAUUGUUUUCUUGGUAUUUUUUUUUUAUAAUAAGAUAUAUUUUCAAAUUAUAAAAAAUUUUUCUAAAUGUAUAAAAUAUAUUAUUUGGCAAUUAUGUUAAUACUCUUUAAUAUAAAAAUUAUGCAUAGUUUUUACUAAGUACAAUAUGUUACAAAAAUUUUAUUUUGUAUUUUAUCUAUGCCAUUAAUUGUUUUAUUUUAAUAUAAUAUCAAUUCAUGCCAUGCAAAUUAUUUAUGUAUGUUCUAUAUUUAUUGUUUUAUAAUUUUUAUAAAAAAUUAAAUGAUUUUGCAUCAUUACAUAAAUAAGAACACACAUUACACAUAUAUUAAAAAAUAAAUAAUAUAUGGUGCUCCUACUAUUAUUAAAUUGAUUUAUUUUCUAAUUUUUAUAUUUUUCAAGUUUCUCAUAGCUAAUUAUAUAUUAUGCAUAAUUAGAAAAACCUUAUAUAUUAUUUCAAAUUUGCAAAUAAAUUCUUGGUGCCUAGAUAAAUGAUAGUUUAAUUAAAAGUAUUUAUAUAAUAUUUAAAUAAUACUUUAUACUUGCCAUAGUGCCUUUGAUGACAAUGAAAAACAAAUAUCACUAUUGAAAUUUAUGCUCAUUCCUAUCGAUUUAUAUUUUAUUUACCAUAAAACAUUUUAUUAAAAAUAACUUUAUCCUAAAGAUAUUUACAUUAUAAAUAUAAUCAUUUCAUAAAAGAUAAUUUUUUUUAUCAAUUUUUAUUUAUAAAAAAUUAGGCGGGAUCAAUGAUGUAUUGCAUCUUUCAUAGAAAAAAAUUUACAAUUUAUAUUUCAAUAUGUUUGUACUUAUGAUAAUCUAAUUUUUUAUCAUGUUAUGUAAACAUAUUAUACCGCCAAAAUGUUUUCUUUUUUAUAGUUUUUAUUAUUGUUUAUGUAGUUUUAAUAUUUGUAACUAACAUAUCAGUAUUUUAUAAAAAAAAUAUGUCUUUUAAGAUUGUAAUACAAUGAAUUAAAAAUAUUUUGAGAAAAUACUGUAAGAAUUUUUUCAAACAAAAGAACAAUGACUAGUUUGAUAAAAAAUAUUGUUUCAUAUUUAGAAAUCUGAUUAAUUUAUUGUAUUACGAAAUUUGUUCUAUGUAAUGCAUUUAAAAGACAUGAAAUAUGUUUCUCAAAAUAUAAAUUAUAAAAAUAGAACUCAUUUCGACGACUUACAAAAGGCUGUUAAAGUACUUAUUGUAUUUCAUAUAUAAGCAUUUAUGAUGAGAAUAAGGCGCUGUUCGAUGUUUUAUGUAUUUAAAUAUACUAUAUUUAAUAGUAAUAAGCAGAGUACACAUAAUAUUAUUAUUUGAAAAUCUAAUAUAUAUGUUAUUUGUGUUUUACAAUGCUAUUAUCAAUUGAUACCCUAAUGUAUUCCGUCCUAAAGUAUUAUUAUAUAUAUAUAUACAUACAUUGUUAUAUACAUAUGUAUAAUUUUUCGCUUUGUAAUAAAAAAGAUAUUAUUAAAAAAUUAUAUUAUAGAUUUGUCAAAGAUAUAUUUAAUUCAUGUUUUAUAUAUUUUAUGAACUAGGCAUUUAAUUAUUAAAAAUACUGUAAAAAUGAUGCUGUCUUCAUAAGUUUAUAAGCUUUAAAAUAAAAAUUUAUAACAUAACUAAAUACUACUACAAAAUUAUAAAAAAAAUUUCAGUAAAAAUUUAUAUAUUCAAAUAAUAAAAAUUAACAUAUAAAUUAUUCUUCAAUAAUAUAAAUAAUUCUAUUUCUCAAAUUGAAAAGUAAUAAUUAUUUUCUGAUUUCAAAAUUUCUAUAACUUUAUAUUAAACGCACGCGAUAAUAAGAACAAUGCAAAAGAGAGAACUUACAUGUUACUAACACAGAUUAUUAUAAAAUAUCUUGUUGAAUUUAUAAUAUCAAUCAUUGCAUAAAUCAUCAAUAUGUAUUUACUCAUAAUAUUUGACAAUUAAUAUUUAAAAUUAGUAUCAGGCGAUAUGAGUCAAAUAGGAUAGUAAAUAUGACAUUUUUUUAUAUUUACAAUAUGUUAUAUUUAUAUAUGUAAAAUACUAAAUGUUUAUUUAUCUGUAUUUAAUUUCAUUUUUAUGAAUUGAUUUGAAUUAAUUUUUCAAAAUAUAUUUAUAAUAAAAUAAAAACAUCUUCUGGUUUAUCAGUUUCUUUUUAAUAAACUAAUAAGCUAGGAUUAAAUGCAUUAAAAUUAUUAUGAAGGAAUGUUACGAUACAAUGAUUAAACAUAUCUUUUAUAAAACUUAAAUUAUCUACAUAUGUUGCAUAAAAGGCAUUAUUUGUCAGCAUUGUCAUUGUUCUUUCUAAUGCAUAACUUUAUAAUGCAUGAACACCUUUAAAUACUUUAUCUAAAAAGUUCAACAUCUUUUAUUUGCUAUAUACAAAGUGAAAUUCUGAAUUGCCUGACUAUCUUUCAAAAUAUAUAUCACAAACGAUUUAAGUACGACUUGAUUGAAGGUUUUUUUUUCUAUUAUAUAUUAGUGUAUGUUAUUAUAUAAUAGUAUAUCGAGACUUACUAAUAAUUAUGUAGCAGAAGAUAUCAAACAGGUGUUUCUGGAUUGUCCCAUUCUUCGACAUCUUGACGUGAUAAAAAUUGCACAUGCGAAGACUCACGUACCAUUAAACUAACUGUAUCAGAAUAAUCAACAAUAUCAAUAGAUCGUUCUCCAUCACGAGGUAAACUUUUAUUAGAAGAAAUAGAACUACUGUUUUCCUCACUGCAGUCAUGUCUAAAUACACUAUCAGAUUGUGAAUGAGUUGGAGUAGAUAAUUCGGAAACUAACGGUGUAGAUUCAUCUUCGCUUUCUCCUGGAGCAGGUGAGACAGAUCUGAAAGCAGGUCUAGGAGAAGGUGGAGGUGAUACAAAAAGUGAUGCAGGUCUACUACUAGUGGAAUUGGCUCCACUUUUUUUUAAAUCUUUACGUCCAAACGAACAAGCUGAUCUAGUACUAAGUUGAGAUGUAAUACUACGUUGUGAAUUUGUACGUUGAAGAUGAACUGUUGAUUCAAAUGAACUGUCGUCUGACGUUUCUGGUUCAUCAUUGACUGGCACCCAAUGCAAAAGUGGAUUAGGUUGAAGUAUCACAUAAUCUGUAUCUUGAGGAGCCGUUGAGAUGGACCCUAAAACAAAUCUUUCCGUUAUCCAAUUUUUCAUUUAUAUCACUUGAAAUGGAUUAAAUAUAAACGUUAAUUUAUUAAACAUUAAUUGAUUAAUAAAAUGUUAAAUAUUAUGUUAAAUAUUAAACAUAAAAGGAUACCUAAAUAAAACACGAUUAAAUAUUAAA